GAAGAAUCGAUUAUUUUUGCCACCUGUCAAAAUAAACUUAACCUUACUUCCCUAAAUUUAUUAUUUAUUUAAUAUUAUUCUUACUAAAAAUUCAAUCUAUUAUACAUGGAUAUUAGUGCGUUUUCCAAUGACGACUUUGAUACGAAAGAAUGGGUUAACGAAAUUCUCAAGCAUUCCGAGAAAGCGCAAGACAGUAACUACACGAUGUCCUUGGUAAUGAAACUUCAAUUAUAUGUUCAACAAGUAAAUAACGCUUUGGAAGAUACAAGUCAGCAAGUUCUGGCGUCUUUGCCGAAAAUAUUAAGAGACGUUAAAAGCCUCCAACAAGAAGCGGUGUUAUUAAAAGAAAAAAUGGCAACCGUAAGAGCUGAAAUCGAGAAAAUAGAACACGAUACCGGUCAAUCUAUUUCGAAUAUAGAAAAACUUGAUUCGAUGCAAAAUAAAUUGAUUUUAGCUAAACAAGGGUUACACGAAAGCGACAAUUGGACCAUCCUAGUUAACGAUUUAGAGGAAGUUUUUGAUUCUAAAAACAUUGAAAAUAUAUCAAACAAAAUUUUAGGAAUGCAGAAUUCUUUAAAACUCCUAAUCAACUUGGAAGAUUACGAAAAUAGACGUCUCCAGUUAGAAGAACUGAAAAAUCGUUUAGAAGCUAUAUCAAGUCCGGCUAUUGUACAAGCUUUCACUAUACACAAUACAGAACAGUCUCAAAUGUUUGUACAAAUAUUUUCUUCAAUAGACCGACUACCUCAACUUUUAAAAUACUAUAAAAAAUGUCAAAAAGAUCUUUUAUUACAAAAUUGGUCGAACCAAUUAGAAAUUGAACAAGACGAAUCGACUAUUCAGUUAAUUCAUAAUUAUUUCAAUCAUUUAUUAUCAAAUUGGCACACGCAGUAUCGUUGGUUCAAUCAAGUAUUCACAGGAUUAUCUGCUGUGCAAAACUUGAUAGAUAUUUACUCGGACGUUUUAAAAUCUUUAAACCCAACUCUAAACGAAUGCAUUGAUACUACGUUGAAACAAAUAUCAGUUACGGAUAAAUUGGGGUUGUUAGGGGAAAUUAAACAAACGACUGUACAAUUUAAUGAGAAUUUGAUGAGUAUUAUUGCCCAAACUGCACAAGUAAAACCCCAUCCUGACGAAUUGCUGGUUCUUAGAAAAUCGAUUUUCUCUCAUUUAAUACCCUACGUGAAUAAGUAUGGUUCUUAUGAACAAGCUAAUUUAUUAAAAUAUCUCCCAACAUUGAAUUGUAUGAAAGAAGAACUUCCUGAUACUAUUCAGUCUUUGGGGCUCAGUAUACCUUCUGUUAUCGAUUAUUGUAGCGAAGCAAAACGGAGAUGUAAAGAAAUUACCGAAAAUUGUGGUUAUUGCGGACUGUUGGUGGCUUUAAGGGCGUUUUUAUUGGGAUAUGCUGAUUUUUAUAGAGUGGCUCUUAGGCAGAUCGAUAGAAAUAAGCGAUCCGAAGAAGAUUGGAUGAUAUUCCAACUGUGUUUUUCCCUUCUCCAAAACACAGGUGAAGUAAUAUCUAAAUUGCAACAAUUCGAAAAAGAUCUAACGAACCAAAUACUAGAUUUAAACCAAAAGGAAACCGUCAAUUUCAAAAUUUUGUUACUAAACGAAUCAGACCUAAAAGAAUUCGACUCACUAGUAAAAUGCGUUACCGAAGGUACAAGAUUAUCAUUAUUGGAUUCAGUUACAUCAGAAUUCGUUCGAUUAUCCGGAGACAUACACCACACGACUUACCAAGUUGUUUUCGCCCCGAUUUCCGUCCAUUUGGACGUCGUGCAAGCACCAAAUACUUGGAACCAAUUCGAGGGAAGUACCAUGAACGAUUUACCGGAUUACAGCUUCGUACCGCAAGAAUACAUAACGCAAAUAGGUCAGUAUUUAUUGAUCCUGCCGCAGCAUCUGGAACCGUUUCUGUUCAAGGAUAACCCGUUUUUGUCGUGCGCUCUGAAAUCCGCCGAUCAGGAAUACAACAACGCUUUCGAAGGUGAAAGGACUUUGGCACAAGUCUUUUUAACUAUAAUAGCGGACGGUACUUGCCAGUAUUUUAUUGAUAAGAUCCUUUCGAUAUGCGAGUUGAGUCCAGGGGCUAGUAGACAGUUGGCCCACGAUAUAAGUUAUCUCCAGAAUAUAUUCGAGGAAUUAGGUUUGUCCUUAUCGGAUAAUCUACAGCAGUUAUCGAUUUUAUUGAAGAUACCUGUGGAGCAGUAUCAGGCUCAAAGUAGCGGUUGUUCUGCUAGAUUGGUAGCCGCCGUGAGACAAAUGAGAAACAUAAAAUCGGCUAAUUGAUGAGAAACAAAAAAGUUUUUAGUAAUUGGGAGAAUCGUUGUGUUGUCGGUGCUUCGGUAUUGUGUUCUGUUGCAUUUGAACUACCGGAAACUGUUAAAACGAAAAACCGUGUUAUUAAUUAGGGGUGAAAUGAAAGCGGUGGUUUCUGUUUUUAUAAAAAAUUUUAAUAAAUAAAAAAUCUACAUAAAAAUUUGGAAACGUCAAACGUAUAAUGAGUUAUGUCGCCGGGCGUUUUCGCAAUAAAAAAAAUUGCGAAAUUGCCUGCAACAUAAAUCAUUUCUUAAAUCAAAUAUAUUAUUACGGUUAAACCAGAUCGAUAAAUAUAAAUUCGUGAAAUCGAAUACGCUGUUCGUAAAAUGAAAGUUUUCCUUCGUGUUGGUACAUUUGAACUACUUCAAUAAAUCUAACGAUAUCAAAUAACUUUAAAUUUGAUAUCGGUACGUUUGAACUACUUUAUGUUGUGCCUAGGAGUUUCCAAUGAUGCUGGACAGAAAUUUGGUACAUUUGAACUAAUUUAUACUGUCCAAGAGUUUGUGUUAAUGCUGAGCAGUAAUAUUGCAAUAAAAUUGAAGCUUUCAACGAGAUAUCAAGGAGAAUUAUUAUUGUUGUUUUCGUUGGAACAGAAAGAAUUGAAAAAUAUCAUAGUUUGAGGGAAAAAUGAAGUUUGAAGAGAAUUAUUGUCGUCGUUAUAUUUGAACUACUUCAAUAAAUUUGACGAUACCAAUCGAAUAACUCUAAAUUUGAUAUCAAUACUUUGGUACAUUUGAACUACUUUAUGUUGUCCAGGAGUUUCUGUUGAUGCCGAACAAUUUGGUACAUUUGAACUAAUUCAAUAAAUCCGGCGAUACCAAUCUGAUUACAAAAAUUGAUACAUUCGAACUACUUUAUGUUGUUACUGUUUGGAGAAGAAAAAAUUGUGGAUUAAAGUUUGAAGUGAAUUAUUCGUGUUGGUGCAUUUGAACUACUUUAAUGAAUUUGGCGAUACUAAUAAAAUUACUCAAAAAUCUAA